UGUCACUUUUGGUAUAAGAACAAUAAAUAAAGAUAAGCAAAUAGAAUGAAAUGAAGCUGAAAUGCAAUUGAAAUUCAAAAGCUAUACUUUCUUCUUUUCUAUUAAUCCCUCUUUCUAAUUUUUACUCUUAAAAUUCAUUCAAUUUUCUCCUCUCUCUCUCAGUCUCUACUCCAUUUAAGUUUCCUCAAGUUUUCCAUUGAAGCAUACUCUGAGUUUUCUCUCCUCCAUUAAAGUUGAGAAAAAAUGGAUAUUAUUGGAACAGGGUUAUCAGCUGCUCAAACUCUGCUUGCAUCGCUGCAGUGUUCAGAGCUACAAGAGAUCCUUUCAAUCUUUGGCUACAAAUCGCAGCUUGAUGAUCUUCGACGCACAGUCUUUGCUGUCAAUGCUGUGCUACUUGAUGCAGAGGCCAAGCAGGAGCUCUCCCAUGAAGCACAGUAUAAGCUCCAGGAGCUCAAGGAUGCUGUCUUUGAAGCAGAUGAUCUGCUGGACGAGUUUGUUACUCUUGCUGAGCAGAAGCAACUCUUGGAGACUGGUGGUAGUCUCUCUAAAAAGGUGUGUCGUUUCUUUUCUGAUAACCCACUUGGUGUUGCUUACAGAAUGUCUCAAGGGGUUAAGAAAAUCAGAAAGAAACUGGAUGCUAUUGCUUAUAACACUCAGUUUAGCUUUAAGCAUGAUCCCGAGCCUAUCCGAAGGAGAAGGCCCGAGACCUGUUCUUAUGUGGAUGCAGGUGAUAUCAUUGGAAGGAAGGAUGACUUGGAAAAGAUUGUCGGUAUGAUGCUCGGUUCUAAUGUGCAACGUGAUGUAUCUUUUCUCACGAUUGUGGGAAUUGGAGGGUUGGGCAAAACAGCCCUUGCUCAACUUGUGCAUAACGAUCCAAGGGUUAUAAGUGCAUUUCCGUUGAGGUUGUGGACUUGUGUCUCUGAUCAAGAUCAGCAGCAACUUGAUGUAAAAGAUAUUCUUUUUAAGAUUUUGGCUUCAGCAACUGAUAAGCUUCAGAAGGACUCCACCAUGGAUCAGGUACAAAAGCAGCUACGCGACCAACUAGCAGGUAAAAAAUACUUGCUUGUUUUAGACGAUGUAUGGUCUGAGAAGUGUGAUCAGUGGCGUGACCUCGAAAGAUUCUUAAUCGGAGGUCAAAGAGGAAGCUGGAUUUUGUUAACAACACGUUCACUAGCAACAGCAAAAAUAAUAGGAGACGGUCUAACACACGAGCUCCAAGGCUUAUCAGAGGAGAAUUCUUGGUGUUUGUUUGAAAGGAUGGCUUUUGGAUUGCAAUCAUCUAAACCUCCUGAAGACUUGGUCAAUAUAGGGCAAGAGAUUGUAAAAGGAUGUUCUCGAGUCCCUCUUGCUAUAAGAGUGGUAGGAAGUCUCUUAUAUGGCCAAGACAAAAGUAAGUGGCUAUCACUUGCUCAAAUCCGAUUAGCCAACCUCAGAGAGAGCCAAAAUGACAUCAUGCCUAUAUUGAAGCUGAGUUAUCAUAAUCUCGAGUCUCCACUGAAAAGUUGUUUCAGCUAUUGUGCGUUGUUUCCCAAGGAUUAUCUGAUAAGAAAGGAGAUGCUAAUAAGCCUUUGGAUGGCACAAGGCUAUAUUGUUCCUUUAGAUGAAGGUCAAAAUAUUGAAGAUGCUGCAGAGGAAUAUUUUUCAAUUUUGUUGCAAAGAUGUUUCUUUCAAGACGUAUGCAGAAGUGUAUUAGGUUUUGGUAUCUUGUUUUUUAAAAUUCAUGAUCUAAUGCACGAUGUUGCUCAAAUAGUAACCAAACAGGAGAUUUGUGCAACAUAUAACUUAGAGGACAACUUGGAUAAUAAAGUCCGCCACCUGUCUGUUUCCACAAACAAAGUUACAAGAUGUUCGUUAUACAAGUCCCAUAUUCGGACGUAUGUUUUUGUUGGUGGCGGGGAAGUUAAAUUGAAUCAGUUCUUCACAGAGGCAUUAUUGGCUAAUUGCAUUCGCCUCAGGGCAUUGGAUUUGUCUCAUAAAAGUAUCAAAACUUUGCCAGAAUCAAUAGGUGAACUGUUGCAUUUGAGGUAUUUAAAUCUUUCGGGGAACAACAGACUAGAAGUGCUUCCGAAGUCAAUUACAAAACUAUGUAAUUUACAAACCUUAGAGAUAAGUGAUUGCUUUCAGUUGAAAGAGUUGCCAAAAGAUUUGACCAGGCUGGUGAAGCUUAGGACCUUGAUUACGUAUGGUUGUGGCAUGAAAUGUUUUCCCAAGGGGAUGGGUAAGUUGAUUAACCUUCACAGGCUAAGUAAUUUUAUAGUGGGUGUUGAAGGAAGUAAUUCAACUACGAAGCAAUGGUUUGAUGGACUGGAUGAUCUUAAGGCUAUGAACAACCUCAAAGGUAGUCUUAAAGUCCAGUUUAAGUGGCCUAAAAAUGUCAUUAAGGUAGACGGCAGCAGAACUGAAGGACAAUAUUUAAGGUUUAAGGAACAUCUCAAUCGCCUUACGUUUCGUUUUCAUCAUCAGGAGGUAGUUGGAGAUGUGGAUACUGAGGAAGCAAGAAGAUUUAUGGAAGAUCUACAACCACAUUCGAAUCUCAAGUACUUAUAAGUACGGGAGUACCGUGGUGUGAGAAUGCCUGGUUGGGCAACCCUUCUCCCAAAUCUCGUAAGCAUUCGUCUUUUGCUUUGUGAGAAGUUGGAGUACCUACCAUGUCUUGGAAGCUUGCGACAUCUCAAAUUCCUCAAUCUUGGGAGGUUGCCUAAGUUGGAGUACAUAGAAAUUAGUCAAGGAGUAUCUUUCUUCCCAUCCUUGGAAAGCCUUGAGUUGUUUGAUUUGCCCAAGUUGAAAGGAUGGAGAGAUGAUCUUCUUCUCCUUGAAAAUAACAAAAAAAAUGCAAUUAUGUCUCUCUAACUUGAAUAUUGUGUGUUGCCCGGAGUUGACAUGUAUUCCGCUGUGUCUCAAGGUGGAAGUUUUAUACUUAAGAGACUUCAAUAAAAGACUGAAAAUAUUACGAACAAAAAGGGAGGAAAAAAUAGGAGAGGUUCCUCCCUCAUCAUCAGUUUUCUCUUGUGAUAAGUUGUCGCAGUCAUUGAUUGAUCUUGAAAAUUCGAGUAAAAGUAGUACUGUUCCAUUUCCUACAUUAAGGAAAGUGGAAAUAGACAAUGUGGUGUGGUUAAAUUCUCUGCCUAUGGUGGCCUUUCAGAGUCUUGAAAGCUUAUCAUUUCAAGAUGUUCGGUGUGAGUUGGAAAGCUUCGAAGAAGUAGAGGAGGUAUUUCGCAACUGCUCGUCUUCUCUGCAAACAUUGGAAAUUAGAUGCUGUGAUAAACUAAGGAGUGUUUCUGGGGGAUUAGAGCAUCUCACAUCCUUAAAGUGGUUAGAGAUAUCCAACUGUCCUAAUGUGAGGCUAUCAGAAGAGACAGAGGAUGCCAGGCCAUGGCGAUCCCUUCACUCUCUCCACAGCUUGAAAUUUUGGGGUCUCCCACAGCUAGUGAGUCUGCCUGAUUGGAUGCAAUCCUUGGCUGCCCUCAAAUACCUUUAUGUUGAAAAUUGCAAAAGACUCGAAUCAAUACCGAAUUGGAUGCCUAAACUCACCUCUCUGAACCAACUUGAGUUCUCUGGAUGUUCAGAAAGCCUGAAGAGUAGAUGUCAAAGAGAUCCCCCCAGGGAGGAUUGGCCUUACAUUAAACACAUUCCUAUCAUCAAAUUUCGAAACGAUGAUCUAUGACUUAUUUCCUCAGCUCUCUACAAUCAUUGUUAUUUCAUAACCAGAUAGCUAAAGCUACUAGAGAAAUUCAGAAAUAAGGUGGAAACUGUUGAGAGUUGCUCACAAAGUGCUGCUACAAUACAAGGGCAACAAAGCUGGUUUCAUGGAGAAUGUACACAAUGUAUUCCUCUCCCAAAUUUGAAAGAACUUUUUACCAAUUUAAAUGUUAUCUUCCAACAUUAUAUGUUACUAAUUAUAAGCGAUAUCAAUCCGCAUUGUAUCACGGGAUUGCUGGCAGCUUUAUAAACUUGUCUAGAGUUUGCCUCAUGAGCAGCCAUGAGAUAAGAGUUGAUCUGAAGAUAAGAGGUCUUCAGAGUUGUAAAUUACAGAAGCAUUUCAAGUAUGUAGUCAUUCUCUUAAGCUAUAUUAUUUCCUGCACACCCUCCUUUUUUUUUUUUGGG